GAGAGUCGCGAUCUCUUCAAUCAGGUCUCGGCUCUCCAGCUUCAAAUGACCAAUCUACAAACAGAGUUUAUGCACUCUGCCAGUCCUCUGGUGAAGACCAGUUUUCCUUCCAUCAAUUGCUCUAAUGAUCUCCACUUUGAAGAAGCCAAAUUGAUCACUACGCUAGAUAACAGGCCAGAAUCGGCCACCAAAAAAGAAAUUCCGACAGUUUUAGAUGAGAGCCUUCGACAAAAUUUGCCCAGCCAUAUAGUGAGUGUUAGCACAAAUUGUGUAACUAGCUGCUCGGCUUCUUCGUUAGAGGAAUCGGGCUGUCUCAGACGAAACCUCUCUGCUUCAAAUGGACAUUCGAGUGGAGAGCCUGAGAUCAUCGGUCAGAGCCAAUCGGCCCCUAACCCUGCUGGAUUCACGAUCCAAGCACCCGGCCUUAUCGACGCCGACCGACACCAUAUGUCUGUUGAGCUAGCAGAGGCCAAAGCGCGCAUCCGGCGGCUUCGUGUUGAAAUGUUCUUUCUAUGUAUUUUCUUCCAUCUGUAA